GCCCCUCUAACUAUGGUCUUAAACAUAUAAAUUAUUUUGUAGCACACAAAUUUUCGGUCUCUUAAAUGCAAAUGCAGUUCGCGGUAUUGCAGUGCAUUCAAAAUCCACCGUUAAUAAAAAACAAUAGUACUAAAACCGGACCACGAAAGGACAAACCCUCUCCCUGUGUAUAUAAGGGAAAAAUCGAUUGUUUUAAGUCUUCAGAGUGCGUGACAGUUUGCCGUUUUUUAUGUGACUAUCUACUAUGAAAUUGGAUGAAAUUGUUGCAUGGUACCAGAAAAGAAUCGGCACCUAUGAUAAACAAGAAUGGGAGAAAACUGUAGAGCAGCGAAUUUUGGAUGGCUUCAAUAGCGUUAAUUUAAAGAACACCAAACUAAAGACCGAGUUAAUCGAUGUGGAUCUAGUCAGAGGUUCUACAUUUCCUAAGGCCAAGCCAAAGCAAUCGCUACUCACUGUCAUCCGUUUGGCCAUUUUGCGUUAUCUACUAUUGCCGCUCUAUGCACAAUGGUGGGUGAAACAGACAACACCAAAUGCAUUUGGUUUCAUCCUGUUGCUCUAUAUGACCCAAUUGAUCAAUUGGGCCAUAUAUAUAUUGCACAGCAAUCGCAUUGUCCCACUGGUAUAUGAGAGGCAAGUGGCAAAUGCCACAGAUGAUGGCACAAAUGGCACAGCUUAUGUCAACACGGCAGAGACGGAUUCAACGGAGGAGCAUGAUGAUUUACUUAGUGCCUUGCUCAUACCCAGUGCCCUCAGUUUGUUGAUUAGCCUAAUCCACUCACAGAUUGUGGCCACCAAUACUAGCGGGGGAGCUGGGGGAACUGGCUGUAAGGCCAAUAAAAGCAAACUAAGGCGCUUCUCGCUAUCCAAUUUCAGCGACAAAGCAACUGGUACCAGAGAACAACCCAGAAUAAGGCGUCGCAAGAAGUUCGUUCGCGUUCGUCAACCGGAAUGUAAUGAUGUAUCACAACCAAGUAGCAACACUUCCUUGCACAAUAGACGUAGUAACAUACCCAAAAUUGCACCUGUAUCAGCCGCUCCCAUUGUUAGUAGUGCCAAGGUUGAUCUCCAGUUGCCUUCGGUGCCACUGCCUCCAGUGAUCAUUAAACGAAAUGACAAUGAGGAGACAUAUCUCACGACAACUGCCAUUACCACCAUUAAACAACCAAUCGCAACAAGCCAAAGCCAAAGUCUAUCGGAGCCCCUUUUUGAUCUCAGACUAGUGGGAGGGGUAGCAUCCGAAAGUCCCAAAAAACGUAGUGUAAAUUGGCAUACCCCUAUACAAAUCUAUAACACCUACGAGCAGGCCCCAUUGGAGCAGCCCAGCACAUCCAGUGCCCAGUAUGCUCCACGUCGCCAUCUGGGCCUAGGCGAAGACGAUGGCUUUGAGAGCCUGAAUGGCAAAAGUUCCAGCGGCGAAGAUAACAAUCAUUCACCCUUACCCAAUUCGGCAGUGGGCGCAGGACCUGCAGCUCCAAUUGUGGCCAAUCCGCAGCCCAGUCAACUUCAGCCCAUGCGGGAAUCAAGUCAAUUGCGCUUGCGAUUGAAUGUAGCCAACAAUCCUACUACUGCAACAGAUCAACCAACUGGAAAUAAACCAAUUCGUGGCAGACAGUCCAGUACCAGUUGUGAGGAAUCCGAUGAAUGUGAUGAUGAUGCUAUGGAUCUUAUCUCCAGCCCCCCUCAAGAAUGUACCACUUCGGCCACGGAUUGGCUGGGUGUGACUACCAACAGUGAGGAUUGCAGCUAUACCUCCGAGCUCGAUCAAUCGGAUAGCCGUCAUCAGGGUUACAGUGAUGACGAGCUUGGUGCCGAAGUUGAUGUCACUCCUACAACAAUCUUAAAUCCCCACAAUAGCUUGGAUCGCAUUAGCUGCACCAUUUGGGAUCAGCGAGAGGCCAAAAAGGCCCAGCUUUCGGUUCUCGAGAUAGCCUCGUGCAUUAUUGAGCGUGUCGAUAAUAUGGGAGAGACAAACGAUUAUAUUUAUAUAGGCGUCGUCUUCUCAUUUCUCCUCACUCUAAUACCCACUUUUUGCAGGCUGUGUGAGAUUACCCUUGGAAAUGAUGCCGAGAAGGCGAGUGAGAUCAGUUACUUCAACAUGCCGCAAUUGCUGUGGGAAAAAUCAUCGUCAUCGUUCUUCACUCUCUUGAACUUUGCAUUUGGCGAGGCUCAGUGGGUUCGAACCGUAUUGGGCUUGGGAUUCAUUCAGCGACUUUGCCUCACUCUCAUAUUGUUUAUCAUUUUCGCUGUGGCCGAGCGUACAUUUAAGCAACGUUUUCUCUAUGCCAAACUGUUCUCGCAUAUCACCUCGUCAAGGCGUUCCCGUAAGUCUAAUGUUCCACACUUUCGCUUGAAUAAAGUGCGGAAUAUCAAAACGUGGCUAAGUGUGCGCUCCUAUCUGAAGAAACGUGGACCCCAGCGCUCUGUUGAUAUCAUCGUGUCAGCGGCGUUUAUUGUUACUCUCCUCCUUUUGGCAUUCCUCAGUGUGGAAUGGCUUAAGGAUUCGGUUCAUCUACACACACAUCUUACUCUGGAGGCUUUGAUUUGGUCCAUCACUAUUGGUAUUUACUUGCUACGCUUUAUGACUCUCGGGCAAAAGAUACAACAUAAAUAUCGCAGUGUUUCCGUGCUUAUAACCGAGCAAAUAAAUUUGUAUCUCCAAAUCGAACAAAAGCCCAAAAAGAAGGACGAAUUAAUGGUCUCAAAUAGCGUUCUCAAGUUGGCUGCCGAUUUGCUCAAAGAGUUGGAGACGCCAUUCAAGAUCUCUGGCCUUAGUGCCAAUCCCUAUUUGUUCACAACCAUUAAAGUGGUAAUCCUUUCCGCACUCUCCGGCGUAUUAAGCGAGGUCCUUGGUUUUAAGUUAAAACUGCACAAGAUCAAAAUUAAGUAGAGGAAUUAUGGACAAGAUACAUACAUCGGAUCGAGCACAUUUUUCUAGUACAAUAUUUUUCUGUCUUCGAAACUAACGAAAAAAAAAUUACAAAAUAGUCUAAUGAAUAAAUUAUAAGUCUAAUUGAA